GCGAAAAAUCAACUUGCCUCCUCUCUAGAAAGGAGACCUCGAGGAUGGACUUCGACACUGAAGAGCAGGAAGCCUACGACAUACGCGUUCCUUCGCCCGAACAUGUCGCUACUGUGAAAGUCUUCCCGCUGUUACCAUAUCUCAAGAAGGACAUCAUUAAUGCCGUCGACAGUCCCAUGAGCUGGGAGCACCUCGUCGCAUCAGAUGUUCAUUUCGCUCUUGUUCGCCCCCUUGUCCAAAAGUAUGCCCGUCUCAAGAAUAUGGCCGUCGUGUAUGCUUGCUUGGUCGUCCGCUCCUUCUUCCUCGAUCAGGCAAGCUCAGACCUCGCCCACUCAGGGGUUAUGAUGGCCCGAGCGACUUUGUGCGAACUCCUUGCGCUCAAGCUGCUUGGCUACUUUGCUUCAAGCAAGGUUCAGAUUGUUGCCGUGCUCACAAUAACCUGGAACCCUUUGAACGGAGCACCUCAUGAUAUCGUCGAAGAGGUAAGAGAUGUUGUUGGAAGUACCGAUGAUGAAAUUAGUGACUCCCAAAGUGCGAUAGAGAUGGCAAUAGCCACUAAAUCCAAAGCGUUUCUGGCUUCCCCGUUGGUGCAAGGUGUCGUCGAUGAUAUGUAUAGCGGACGCAUCGUGUUUUCCAUUGGUGGAACUAGAUCUAUUCUCGCCGACAAUUACAAGACAAGGUCCAUCCAAAUAUAUGACCCUCGAGCGGCUCCGCUACUUGAUCACUACAGGCUUCGUGUCCCACGAUACUCGGCGAUGUUGCAAUUAAUCAAUUUCGUCACUUUGCUUGUCACGUUUUUGGCCUGCAUUUGGACAAAGGACCUUAUGCAUUUGACACUCUGGGAAGUUGUUUUUGUUAUAUUCGCAGCCGCGUUUGUUUUGCGAGAAUACACGUCUUCCAAGGAACACGGAUGGAGCAUUUACAUUGCCAACACCUGGAGUAUCUUCAACUCUUGUUUUGUAGUCAUCUUUCUAGCAUACGCUGGGCUGAGAGUACGCGGGCUCGUCCAUCAUAACCUCGAGCUAUCACAGCUGGCGUUUGAUAUAUUAGCAUGCGGCGCUUGUGUACUUGUUCCGCGCCUGGCGUUCUUUGCCGUUUCUCACAAUAUCGUCAUUUUAGCUCUACGUGCUAUGAUUUCGGAAUUCGUUUUCUUCAUAUCAAUCGCAUCUAUAUGUUUCUCUGGACUUCUAAUCACCCUUUGGACCUUAGGAUCGGACAAUGGCAAUUGGUCGCUAAAGGCGAUUGCGUGGUUGAUGGUUCAGAUCUGGUUUGGAAACACCUACCUCAGCUUUGGACAGGCCACGAGUUUCCACCCCGUUUUCGGACCCAUCUUGAUGACGGUAUAUGCCGCUCUCGCGGGUACACUGCUUCUCACGAUUCUCAUUUCCUUGUUGUCGAAUACUGUGGCACGGAUCGACGCAAAUGCGACGCAAGAGUACUUAUUUCAGCACACCAUUUCUACCAUCGAUGGGGUCAAGUCCGAUGCACUUUUCAGCUAUCAAGUGCCUUUUAAUUUGCUAGCCUUCGUCAUCUUGAAACCAGCCAGCUACCUUCUUCCGCCCAGGGAACUACAUUCAGCAAACGUUUUCCUCAUUCGUCUCACAGCGUUUCCCAUCCUCCUUCUCAUCUCUAUGUACGAACGACACCUCCAGAGAGGCCAGAAAAUUCGGCGAUCGAGUAAAGACGCUGCGCACUCCUUUUACAACAGCCUGCCUCGGCAAAUCAAGCACAUGCCGCUGAUCGAGUACAUCGUUGGCUCAAAAGCUGCUGAUCUACACCAAGCCAUCUUUGAUGUUGAAGAGACACGCGACUUCAGCCUCUUCGAGCUGUCAGACGACGACGAGGUUCCGCCGUGGCAUGUCCAGGGCACGCCGGGAAAUACCUCCCGCAAAACAGGCUCGAGGCAAUCUUCAAGACCAGCGUCGCGAUCAAGGUCCCCUGGACGGCAAACCGGCCUUGCUUCUCUGCGGACACAGUCACCGGUUGGGAUGAUGUCGCCAAGGAGACGCAAAGUCAGCCUGCUCACCCCGCUUGAGAGGGUUUCGAGUAACGCGAAAAUGCUCACUAUUGACACGUCGACACCCUUGGCACGGUACUUUAGUUCCGUGUCGAGGCCAUCAACCUCACGGCUAGAUUCACGAGGUGCGGACGGUGAGGAACUGCCGACAAUGGCUAGGCUGGACUCUUUGCUAGAGGAGUCUCGUGAGUCACAGUACGCGCAACUACAACACGAAAUUCGAGAUAUCCAGGAACGUCAAACUCGGAUCGAGAGUCUUUUGAGUGAUCUCGUAAAAGCGAUACGGACAGAGGAAUAUUCUGACUCUCGCAUAUCCUCUCGAAAUGGAAUAUAAACAGUGGAACCACUACAAUUUCCGUGUAACUGUGUAACUAUGGCCAUGCCUAAUUGACAAACACCUAAACUUCAUGCGGUUCAAUCGAUCCCCAUCUGUAUAUUGCGUCGCUUUGGCUAAUGUUUACCGCAACAGGCCUCAGUAUGUUUUAUAACCUUAUCACACUUCAGUCCAAAAAGCAAAAAGUUCCUCUCUUACUCUCAUAUAUAUUCAGCUUUGCGUCCACCUUGACCUGCCCUGGUUUGAACACCUCGUUUUCCCACAUUUUGGUCCAAGAUUCCGGGCAAUGACAAAAAAUGUCGUAUCGCGUAUCGCCAGCCUCGCCAGACACCCUCUCUUUCUUCGUGUGGCCUACAUGUCCUCCGAGAAUGAUAGAACCAGGUUUCGGAGAAAGCAGUCCAGCUAAUGCACGCGCCAAGUGCACUGGCUGUUUUUCUUCGUCGAACAGGUGGAAAUGUUUUGCUGCGUAUAUGACUGAAACUUGGCCUCGGAGGGGGUUCAGAGACUCUAUGUUCGAAAGAUCUGGACGGGGUAAAGGGUUCUUCGGAUUUGUAGGCGGAUAUACGACAAGUGUUUUCGAGUCGAAAACGUCACCAGCGAUGAAAUGGGCU